AUGUUGUUGAAAGCUUUUGUACUUGUUUUCAUUGAACAGACCUACCUCCAAUCUACUACCUCGCGACUUGAAGAAUGGAGAGUUCGAAGAACUGAUACAGAACAAUGGAUGCAUCACCGGCAGCUUCCCCAUGAGUUGAAGGAGAGAGUACGCAAGUAUGAUCUGUACACAUGGGUGACAACAAGAGGAGUCGAUGAGGAAGCUAUUCUCAAAGGUCUUCCUCUUGACCUCCGAAGAGAUAUCAAGCACCAUCUUUGUCUUGAUCUAGUUCGACGAGUUCCCCUUUUUGACGAGAUGGAUGAAUGCACGCUAGAUGCAAUCUGUGAACGAUUGAAGCCUGUUUUGUGCACUCCUGGUACUCGCCUAGUGAGGGAGGGUGACCCUGUGAUUGAAAUGCUCUUCAUAUUACGAGGGCACCUAGAUUCUUAUACAACUGAUGGAGGUCGAACUGGAUUUUUUAAUUCUUGUAGACUCGGGUCUGGAGACUUUUGUGGUGAAGAACUUCUCACGUGGGCUCUUUACCCACGCCCGAGUAUCCUCCUCCCUUCGUCUACACGUACGGUGACAGCGAUUACUGAAGUUGAAGCCUUUGCACUUGUUUCAGAGGAUGUGAAGUUUGUUGCAUCACAAUUCCAUAAGCUGCACAGCAAGCAACUGAAGCAUAAAUUCAGGUUCCAUUCGCACCAAUGGAGGACUUGGGCAGCAUGCUUUAUACAAGCAGCUUGGUUUCGAUACAAAAGAAAGAAAGAGGCGGCUGCAUUGAAGGCUCGGGAGUGUGCUGUAGCGUGUGAAUUAGCGACUGGACGAAGCUCUUCGCUGCCCCCAAGGGCGUCGGAAUUUGCAGUGUAUGCUGUAAGAUUAGCAAAUGGUAAUAGAAGAGCCAGCAGCCUGAGGAGUGGAUCACAAUUGGACCUUCUCUGGACGUUACAAAAGCCAGUGGAACCUGAUUUUCCAGUUGAUGGUGAUAGGUAA